CUAAACCCAUCAUGAAACUUAUUAUCACUAAGCAUUAUGGAGGUGUUCUAAUAGCAUGUGGCUUGCUGGCAGGCCAGCAAUACUACAACGCUUUUAGCUUAGUUGGUCCACUAAGAAAGAUGAUUUUCAAGGAAACAUUCAUGAAGAACUUUGAAGAAAGUCAUAAAAUGGUAUUCAAUACUCCUCCUUCGCCAUUCGGGUACCCUGAUAUGGGUGCAGGAAGAUAUUCCAGGAUGUUGCCAUAUCAAGAAUGGUAUAAAUUCAACGUUGUUCAAAGAAUUCAUGGAAAUUCUGUUGAGCAUCUUUCACAUUGCAUUCCACUCAUGAUGUUAUGAGGACUGUUUUAUCCCAAAAUUGUCACAUCUUUAGGGUUAUGAAUUCUCGCAGGCAGAGAAGCCUACAUGAGUGGCUACCUCAAAGGCGGACCAGACUCCCCAGUCCGGCUAGCUGGAGGCGCAGCUGUACUCGCUCCAGAAAUAAUCAUGACUGGGAUGUUGUUAGGAAUAGGAGUUUGGAGAGGAUUCUUCAAAAGACCACUAACUAAAUUUGGCCCUAUCAAAAGACGUAACACAUCAUUGAUCGAUCAGCAGAAGGCGAAAAUCUUGAAAGAAGAAAAGUAUGGUAUCAAACUCCCUUAA